UUCCCCCCGGUGGGCGUCGCCGACGACCACACGAUCGCGAACCCUCUGCUCCGCUCGCAGCGCCUCUCCACGGGCUGGUUCGGCUGCGUCUUUGAGCUCGAGGGCGUCCUCGUGAACUCGCGCGAGGCGGAGCACAGGGAGGCGUGGACGAAGCUCGCGAAGGAGCGCGGCGAGCGGCCGCCGGCGGAGCUGGUGCUCAAGUACUGCGAUCUCAUGAAGCCCGAGGCGUUCAUCGAGCGGCAGCUGCGGUGGACGCGCGAUCCAAUGGAGGUGCGGAGGAUACGCCAGAGGAAGGGGGAGAUCUACGACGAGAUCUUGGAGGAGCAGAAGAGCUUGGGAGGGAGGGGGGGUGGCGGCGGCGACGGGAUCGGAGGCGGCGGCGGCCUCGACGAGUUCGCGCUCAGGGACGGCGUGCUGCCGUUUUUAAAUCUUCUCGCGGAUGCCGGCGUCCCGAUGGCUGCCAUCUCGAACGCGUACGGGUACCACGACCUGUGCGGCGUCCUGUCCAAGAUUGGCAUCCUGGGGUAUUUCGAGGACGCGAACGACGGGCAAGGGCCGCACGUCGUCGCCGCGGACGACGUCAGGGACUGGCUCCCGGAUCCAGAGCCGCUCGAGCGAGCGUGCGAUCUCAUGCAGAGAACGCCCAAGCGGACGAUCGUGUUCGGGAACAACACGACCGUCACGGAGGCGUGCUACGAGAAAGGGUCGAAGGCGGUGCUGCUCCUCGGGAGGCAGCCGCGGUACGAGAUGCAGAACGCGGACAGCGUCGUGGAGAAGCUCACGGAUCUCACCAUCGCGAAUUUGAAAAAUCUCUUCGCGGAUGAGACGUCGGAAGCCGCGGAGCCGGAGAGGCAGGUGGAG